AUGGAAGAAGAAAAGAAGAAUAUGAAAAGAGGAUUAUUUAUCUUGUUUGAAGGUGCAGAUAGAGUAGGCAAAUCAACUCAAGUUCAAAAAUUAGGUGAUUAUUUAAAGAAUGGUUUACAAUUGGAUGCUAAAGUAUUACGUUUCCCAGAUAGAACAACACCAACUGGAUCAAUUAUAAAUGGAUAUCUUCAAAAUACAACACAAUUGGAUGAUAGAGCAAUACAUUUAUUGUAUGCAGCCAAUAGAUGGGAAGCAAAGGAUAAUUUGAUGAAAUUGUUAAAUAGUGGUACAUCGAUUGUUGUAGAUAGAUACUCUUAUUCGGGUGUAGCUUAUACUGCUGCCAAGGGAAUCGAUGUAGAUUGGUGUUUCAACUGUGAAAAGGGUCUACCCGAACCAGAUCUAGUCAUCUAUCUAAAGAUGACUACAGAAGAUGCAACACUGCGAGGUGAAUACGGUACAGAACGUUAUGAAAAGGUUGACUUUCAAAACAAAAUCAAACAAAUCUAUGAACAACAUUUAAUCAAACCAUCUUGGAAAGUAAUCAAUGCUAAUCGUGACAUUGAUACAGUUUCAAAUGAAAUUAAUAAUAUUAUCAAAACAGAAAUCAAUCAAUUAAUUGAUAAACCAAUUAAUUAUAUAAAUUAA